AUGUGCUGGUACAAGCUGAACAUCUGUCCUUACCCCCAUCAAGAAGCACUCUCUGCUCUGAUAUUCGACCCCAGCAGUGCAAGCCAGUGGCAGCAUUGUGACAGACCGCAUCCUUGGGGUCGACUCAGCUGUGGCAGCCUCAUUGUCGAGCAUCCGAAAGACCUCCUCAGAUCCGAAACACAGGCUACAUUCGAACACAUCCUUGCCACCCGAUCCAACCUUCCGGCAGAAGGAGAAAACCAUCCCACAGCAAUUUCUGUUCGCCAACGACGAUCUUCCACCGAGACUACCAUCGUCCCAGGCGGAGCAGGCAGACCCAGAUCCCAAGGGGCGCCAUGCCUCUGGUGCACUGCGGUGUUGAAGACAGUGGCUACAAAGAGCAAGGAAAUCCAUCAAGACGCAAGAAGAGAGAUUGCAGGUUUGGAGCAGAAGAUGGACACCAGUCCUAGUCUGAGAGAGAUACAGAGAGAAAUCAUGGACAAGGAAAAGGAGCUUGAUAACCUGAGGCACAUUGCAUGGCGUAAGGCAAGCGAUUUGAUGGAUGGCGAGACUGGCAAGGGCGAGGACGAGAUUCAGAGCUGA